AUGACGGAUCCCUUUGUGGAAGUCAAGAUGGAAGUGGAGGAUCUGGGUCUGGAUCUGCUGCAGGGAAUCCGCCAUCGCGAUGCUUUUCCACGCCACCGCAAGAGAUUCGACCGCGAAGACGACGAGCGCCGAUAUCAGGACUUUGUGCGCAGCGAGUGCGACAGGAGGAGCGAGGAACGGAGGGAGAUCGGCCGUAAAUGCGACGAGCUGUACGAGCGGCUGUUCCAGAAGUUGAAGCGCGAGCGUGACGGGCUAUUCGAGCGCCAGUGCCAGAAGCUGGACGACGAGUUUGAAGAGCUGUUCGACCGCGAACAUCAGAAGAUUCAGCGUCAGGUCGAACAGCGACAGAUCGAGCAGCGCCAGAUCGAGCAGCGCCAGAUCGAGCAACGAAAGCAGCAAUUAUCAUCAUUAUCCGAAGACGAACUCCCGCUGAGUCUCACCAAUUAUCUCACAGCCUGUCAUAGACUGCACCUCCAGUUCAAAAAGGGCGCCUGUCGGUCCUUGAUCACGCAGAAAGAGGCUCUCAGCUGGACGUUUCCGCGGCGAAUCAUUCCAUGGGAUCUCAGCUUCCAGUCGUUGCAACAGAGCGUAUGGCAUCGUCUCCUACCAGACUGCUACUUUACCGAGCAGCGCAUGUUUUCAUCUCCCCAGCGGCUGGAGAAUGUAAGACGGACCUUGUCUCCCGUGAACAGCGAGGCCUCGCUGCAACACUUUGGGCGAUACACCAUUGAGAGCACGAUUAUGGAGAUGCUGGACAGACUGGCCGAAGACGAUGUGCUCUGGAACGGCCUCGGGCUUAGCGAUGAUGUGCGGGUGACGAUGGAGGCCGAUAAGGAUCUUGGUCAGGUGUACGAGCCCAUGCUCCAAUCUUCAUGGCACAAAGGCGCAGGCGAGUUGAAGCUAUAUAUGCGUAACUCACAUCGCAGGGCGAAGAGGCAGGGCAUCUGGGCCAAUCGGUCGUGCAUAUACCGACAGCUCGACGGCGAAAACACGCCCGUCUUUGCUCUCAUGCAUCAGUUGCCACACAGGCUUCAGCUGGACGAAAUCGACUGCGGCUUGGCAUCCGAGAUUGAGCUUGUACAGGACGUGAUUGAUAAAGAGGGCAGGGAUUACAAAUUCGCCUCGAAGACGCUCGUGGCCGCCACCAUUACUCAGCUCUAUUCUUACAUGGUCAGUAAGGAUAUUCGAUACGGAUGUGUUUCGACUGGAGAAGCCUUCAUCUUUUGCUGCAUCUCGAGAAACGACCCCUCCAACAUAUACUGCACAGCAUGCGUGCCAGAGCGUGAUGUGCAAAGGGAUGAUCCUCUAAGACUCCAUCGGACGGCUGCAGCAUCGGUUUUUGCCCUUGUGGUACAUGCUCUCCGCGAGAAACCACUUCCCGAAUCGUGGUACGACUCGGUCAAGAAUCUGGACGCCUGGACUAUGGGAUACGACGAUCUUUUGGAUAAAGUACGCAAGAUGGGUGCCCCAAAAUCCCGACCAUCGUCUGCACAGGAGCAUCGCUGGCGGGGUUUUGAUCGGUCCCCAUUACUGGCGGAGCAUAUGCGUGGCCGCAGCGAUCGCAAGAGAGGCGAAGAAAUACGGCACUGGCUGGACAAUGUCUCUGGCCAGGAUGUAGCCGAUGGGGAUUUCAACGAGAAUAGUACUAAAAAGCCCAAUAUACAAGAUCAGCCAUUCUGCUCGCACAAAUGCCUCUUUGGCUUGAUGCAUGGAACGCAGAUGGACGAGAGCUGCCCCAACUACGAUUAUCACGGCUUUGGACAUGUUGAUUUCGACGAGUUCCUGAGCGACCUCGGCAAGCAGCUGGCUAAGGAGGCAAGCAGCGACGCCAACUUUAUCCCUCUAGGGACCUCGAGCCCGCACAAGUCUCUCUUCAAGCUGCGACAGGCGGCUCACGGCUACACUUUUGUGGCAAAGGAAGGGAAAGGGCUUGCUCAUUUAUGGAGCGAGAAACUUGUAUAUGACGAGAUGGAAAAGUAUCAGGGCCAUUAUGUGCCUUUAUGCCUUGGCCUCUUGGAGCUGGAUAAGCCACGGCAGGGGUAUAGGCGGCAAUUUGAGGAACUGCUGCUUCUGAGCUGGGCUGGGCGGCCGUUUCAAAGCUGCCUGAAGCAAAUCAGCAGAGACCAAGUCGCGAAUAAAGUGGAAAAUAUUCUGCGAGCGCUGCAUGAGCAAGGCGUUAUCUACAAUGGCAGUCUUGAGCCGGGCAACUUUUUGUACGACGCGUCGCGCAACGAGGUGAUGAUUGUCAACUUUGGAGAGUCGUCGACGCCACGGCACGCCGAGUAUUCGAAGAGGGGCAGAGCAAGCUAUUCGAUGCCGAAGAAGAGGAAGAGGGGUGCGCGGCCGGACUCUGCGAUGCUGGUUUUUGAAAAGGAUGUUGUGGAUGCCGUUCAAACGGUUCUGAGGUCGGAGGGGCCGAGGCACGAAAGGCGGUUUUCGGAAUUAGAGAGUGAGGUUGGGGAUGACUCUGUGAGUAAUUGCUGA